GGAGCUGUCCGAGGGCCAGCCGCCGCCGCGGCGCACCCUCUCGGCGGGCCACGGGCCGGCCUGGGACCAGCUGGAGCGCCGGCUGGACGAGGUGGUCACCGGCGUCGACCUGAUGCCGCCCGAGUACAGUAUUCGCCUGCUGGAUGAGCCGGUGCGGUACAUUGGCCCGGAGCCGGGACGGUUGUUGCUGCUGGAGCCGGGAGACUCGCCGCUGGGUGCCGCCCGGCCGCCCGAUCCCUUCCAGGAUGACGACCCGCACGACGCGUUCUCUGCGGACGUCGGCGCCGACCAGGGCUACGCCGCUGACGACGAGUACGAGGAGCAGACGGUGAAACAGAUGCUGCGCAGCCUGCAGAGGCAGCUGACCACCAUGUCUCGAAACCUGACCGCCAAGCUGGACAGCAUCCAGUCCGACCGAUACACGGAGACCAACGCUCAGCUCAAGGUCAUCCGCGCUCAACUGAGGGAGCUCACCGACUCAGUCAUCAACUGUCAGUCGGAGGUAUCUGAGGUGAGGAAGGACGUGCACAUGAUCCGCCAUGAGAUCGACCAGCUGCAGAGCGCCAAGGCCGAGAUGGAGGAGCUGAGGGAGUGCGUCGAACGACUGGAGGAGGAGCAGAGGCGCAGGAAGGCCCGGUCCGUGGAACAGGGUCUGACGGCGUUUUUGGUGGCGUCCAUAUUCUCGGCCGUGCUGGGCAUGUUCCAGUUUGGCUACAACACGGGCGUCAUCAACGCACCGCAAUUGAAAAUCGAGGACUUCAUCACCACGGUGUGGAAGGAGCGGUACGGGGAGGUCAUCGACGAGUCGACGCUCGACCUCAUCUGGUCGGUGGCCGUCUCCAUCUUCGCCAUCGGAGGCAUGGCCGGCGGCUUCUCCGGAGGAUACGUGGCCAACCGGCUCGGCAGGAGGGGCGGCCUGAUGAUGAAUGACGUCAUUGGUAUCGUGGGCGCCGCGUUCAUGGGCUUCAGCAGCAUGGCCGACUCGUACGAGCUGCUGAUCGUCGGCCGGCUCGUCAUCGGCUACAACUGCGGCAUGAGCUCGGCCCUGGUGCCGAUGUAUGUGUCGGAGAUAGCUCCUGUGAACCUGCGGGGCGGUGUCGGUAUCGUCAACCAGCUGGCAGUGACCAUUGGCAUGCUGCUCUCACAGAUUCUGGGCCUUGGUCAGCUGCUGGGCACCGAUGACGGCUGGCCCCUGCUGCUUGGUCUCGCCGUCUGCCCGUCGGCGCUACAGCUGGUGCUGCUGCCCAUGUGUCCUGAGUCACCGCGAUAUCUGCUCAUCACCAAACAACGCGAGCAGGACGCACGCAAGGCUCUGCGGAAGCUGCGCCACGACAGCGCCAUCGAGGCGGACGUGGAGGAGAUGAAGGCCGAGGAGCGGGCGCAGCAGGCCGAGUCCAGCUUCACGAUGCUGCAGCUGAUCACGUCGCCGACGCUGCGCACGCCGCUCAUCAUCGCCAUCGUGAUGCAGCUCUCUCAGCAGCUCAGCGGCAUCAACGCGGUCUUCUACUACUCGUUCGACAUCUUCUUGGACGCCCACCUGUCUGAGGAGUCGGCCGGCUACGCCACCAUGGGCGUCGGCGUGGUGAUGGUGCUGAUGACGGGCGUCUCGAUCCUGCUGAUCGAGCGCGAGGGCCGGCGCACGCUGCACCUCUGGGGCCUGGGCGGCAUGUUCUUCUUCUCCGUGUUCAUCACCAUCACGUUCCUGGUGAAGGGGAUCAUCUCGUGGAUCUCCUACCUGUCGGUGGUGUGCACGUUCGGGUUCGUCGUGUUCUUCGCCGUCGGGCCCGGCUCCAUCCCGUGGAUGAUCACUGCCGAGCUCUUCUCACAAGGUCCGCGGCCGGCAGCGAUGAGUAUCGCAGUGCUGGUCAACUGGUUCUGUAACUUCAUCGUCGGCAUCGCCUUCCUCCCGAUGAAGAACGCGCUGGAGAACUACACGUUCCUGCCAUUCUCAGCGCUGCUGGCGAUCUUCUGGGGAUUCACGCUCAAAAUGGUGCCCGAAACCAAGGGAAAGACGUUCGAGGAGAUCGCCGCGCUGUUCCGACGAUCCGAGCCACUGGUGCCCGAGCCGCAGCAGCAGCAGUACAAGACCGACGCCGGCACUGACAAUGGCGCGUUUGAGUCUAGCUCGCAGCUGUAGCCGCCCGUGUCUCUGCCCGCCCGCACCGCCCACCGCUGCGGGCCCGCGUGUGUGUGUGUCUGUGUGUGCGUGUGUGGUGCCGCGCGCUGUGUGACGCUGUUUGCCGUGACGCGUCACGUCUCGGGCUGCGUGACGCGAGUGACCGUCACCCGGCCGGUUGCAGGCCGAUCACCAACGGCUCCCAGCCGGCGGCGGCGGCGCGAUUCGAGGCGCCGCCCCUGCUCGAGGCCCGCUACGUGCCGCCCUGUAAGGCACGCGCCACGCGCCCGGCGCAGGUGUAUCGGUGUGCCCCGUAGAGCAUGUGUGUGUGGUACGCGGAGGUCGGCCCCAGGGGCAGGCGGUUGGGGCAGGUCGGAGUGACACGGGUCAGAGCUAACCGGAACUCGAACGGUGGGAGUUCAGGCCGUCGAAAAAUGGCCAGAGAUUCGACUUUGAUCCGUCCUUUUUGCAUGACUAUAGUAAAUUUCCAGGAGUUCUACAAGGAUGGCAUGACAUUUGCAAAUUUAGCCCAGCUAAACCAAUACUAGUUGUUACACAACAGACCUCGUGCCUUGUCACAUGCCUCGUGGCAUGGCCUGGUAACGACGCUUCAAAGCCAAAAAAAAAAAACUGUCGUUUCUGGUCGAGUCACUCUCGCUAUGCCUCGUCAUGGCCUCUGAAGUGGCAGUUCGUCCUCAGCCGAGGGCCACUGAGGUCACGGAAUGCCACUCUCGAGAGGUUUGUAUCUCAUAGCUGAUAGCGCUCAGCCUAUCAUCCACUUAGUGCGUGGUCAGUAAACAGCACCCAGUCACUCUUAUCUAUAUCGUCUGACUCUGAUCAGAGACAAAACAGCGGCGGAUAUUCGAACGAUUAUACAAGCAUCAGCGCGGCAUCGCCUGGCUCCGACCGUUAGCAUUGACCUUCAGCCGGUGACCUGUGACCUGUGACCUCUGACCUGCCCCGGGGGUCUGCCACCCUCCUCAGCCGUGUCUGUAUCCCCAUCUACAUCCAGCUUGCGUGCAUGCUUGUUCCGACCAUCCAGUAGACGGCAUGUGUCGCGAUAUUGGCAUGCUGUAGCGGCGGGCGGCCCGGCGGCCCGGCCGACUCUGUUUAUCCUGCUAAUGAUGGCCGAUUUGGUUGUCGGCCCGGUAUCGGUCCGCAGCGCGGUGUAAUGUGGCCGUGACUAGCACGGUGGAUGGAGUACUUAUCGACUAGCGCACCGGGCCGUCAGGAGACCGGCCGCGGUACAAGACAGCACCGGGGGACUCCGGUGGGGCGGAGACUAUGGUGCCCUGAUCUUGGGGCGUCUGUAUACUGCUACUUAUCGGGGGAACGCCGCGUUGAUUAACGCGGAUAGCGACUCUGGGACAGCUGUUGCGGAUGAUAACAGCUCAUCUGGCCUUGAUAGUGCAAUGUGCCGCUGAGGACGUUUGCUCGUUCAUAUAUCGCUCGUUUUGCAACUGUGAAUGUGGUGUAUGUUGGAUGCUGGAUGGGUAGAUAGCGUUCAUUAUCAUCUGUCUCCGGACCCGGGAUCGCGUCUCGUAGUUUUGUGUUGUUACUGAAUGGCAAUCUUCAACAGUAUCCCCGAAAAUCGUCAGUAUGAGCGUGGAUCGUCGCCUGUUCCCGCAUGCCUAAUGUUCACUCGAUUUGUGUUCGGUGGUCGCCUGUGCCUUCCGUGGUCCAGACAUUGGAUGUGAUAGUGCGCCCACCCCAUGUGCCAAUGCUUCUGUAAGAUACGGGGGCCGUAUUUUUCUACAUGUAUCAUGAAGAGGAGCAUGUAAUAUAGAUAUGCCAGCUGUA